GCGUGACCGCGGCAGGUUGGUCCUGGAGCAGAUGAGCGCAGAAUAUUUAGGCGAAAGCGCGAGGAGGGAGGGGAGCGCGGGGCAGGAGGAGUAUCUCGGCCCAGAAAAUUAUGCAUGCGUUAGGGAAGCUCUGAGAGAAUGGCUGUGGAAGCUCUCCACUGCGGUUUGAACCCACGGGGUAUUGAUCACCCUGCCCGUGCUGAAGGUAUUAAACUGCAAAUUGAAGGUGAAGGUGUUGAUUCUCACUCUAUUAAAAACAAAAAUUUCCAGAAGGUGCUUGACCAAAAAGGAACCCCCAAGCGACUGCAGGCAGAAGCCGAGACGGCUAAGUCGGCUACGGUGAAGCUGUCAAAACCAGUGGCUCUGUGGACUCAGCAGGAUGUCUGCAAGUGGUUGAAGAAACAUUGUCCGAAUCAGUAUCAGAUCUACAGUGAGUCAUUCAAACAGCAUGACAUAACUGGGCGAGCCCUGCUGAGACUUACAGACAAAAAGCUUGAGCGAAUGGGGAUUGCCCAGGAGAACCUCCGGCAGCACAUCUUGCAACAGGUGCUCCAGCUGAAGGUGCGAGAAGAAGUCAGAAAUCUACAGUUACUCACACAAGCCUCAACCGAGGGUUCUCCAUAAACGCGGUUAGCCUUCCAAGCUGCUGUCCUGCCAGUCGAUAUGAACAUGGCCUGUUCCUCACAGAAAGACUAACUCAUGGCACUGCCAGAAGAUAUCCUUGGAGCAUUGACAGAUUAACCAGAUUAACUG